AUGUCGUCUUCUCCGCCAGCGUCUGGCCGUUCGGCUAGUCCCUCGGACCAGGAGGAUGAUGAUACGAGGACACUGGUCAUGCGUAACAAGGGCUCCGAGGCUGCCAAGCGGAAACGAGCCUGGACGAAUGGCGCCGGACGCGGUGCCUCUCGACGUCGCACCCACGACCCCACCGACGACGACGAGGGCAACGAGGACGACGAUGACAAUUCGGACGAGUACGACCCGGACCAGCCCAUAGAGGAGAGACGCGUGCUUCAGCGGGGCCUGCGAGAGCUGAGGGAAGAGACGAGGCUGAACAAGGACAAGUACAUCCAGCCGGGCGACGACGGUCUGCGCCGCACCCUACGAAAGGCAAACACUCUGAAUCGCAAUGUGAAGCAGACCACAGAGGCUACCCUCGACUCACGUCUAAUGGUCGAGACCGUCGAGCUGUCCUACAAAAAGACGGCCGCUCUGACAUCCGGCGAUGCCGGCCAGGGCGUUGAUAUAGACGGCUUUGUCACAGAGUGCUUGCGUUACAUGAGAUUAGGCGCCGGUAUUCACGACGACGAUGCCCAGGAGCUGACAAGUACACAGCGCCAACGGAGGCGCUCCAGCAGAGGUCCCAGGGGCGGCCGAGGGGGCUCCGACGAUGAGGACGAGAUCGGCGACGAAGGCGAUGCCUGCAACUGGGAGCAUCUGGGUAGAUUUGCCUGUCUCCCCCACGUCCGCCGACCUGCUACCCCUGGAUUCCUUCUUGGACCCCUCUCUGUUGAGAAAAAGGCCCGGAAGGUCGCCAAGAGGAGUGCACCGUUCAGGCCCAACAGCUUACGGGAGACGCGGCCGGAAGUCCUCGAGGCCAAGGACAUCCAGAGGAAUGAAGACAAUGACCUGGCUGCCAUUUGCAGCAAAACCUAUAGGCGUCUGGAAGAGGUCCACGAGGAAGCCCAAGAUUCGGCCGAGGCAGCGUUCGAGGCGGAUAACGCCGAGGAAGGGCAUCGCAUCAUGCAGAAAUUUGGCCUGCGGACCAACGGCGGCAUCGACUACUUCAAAUUCGUCAUUAACCCCAAAUCAUUCGGCCAAACCAUCGAGAACAUGUUCUAUGUCAGCUUCCUGAUCCGUGACAACAAAAUCAGCCUCGAGUUUGACGACGACGGCUUCCCAACCCUCGCUCCAGUCGAGGCUUCCGAACCCGGACCAGGUGGUGCGAGACACGCAUCUAAAAAGCAGCAAGCGAUUUUCCAUCUUGAUCCCGUACAGUAUCGAGCCAUCAUUGAUGCUUUUGAUAUCACCGAAUCACUCAUUGAACACCGGAAAGAACAGACCAACAACGGGCCGGGAGCUCGGGGUUGGUACAAUUAA